GUUGAAGACACUGUCGAAAUGUUACCCAAGUCCCGGCGAGCGCUCACCAUCCAAGAAAUCGCGGCCCUCGCCCGGUCCUCGUUGCACGGUAUUUCACAGGUGGUGAAGGAUCAUGUGACCAAGCCCACGGCCAUGGCUCAAGGCAGGGUGGCCCACCUCAUCGAGUGGAAGGGCUGGUGCAAGCCCAUGGACUCGCCGGUGGCUCUGGAAAGCACGUUCAACUCCUAUUCGGACCUCAGCGAAGGAGAGCAGGAGGCCAGGUUCGCUGCAGGUGUGGCCGAACAAUUUGCCAUCGCCGAAGCCAAGCUGAGGGCCUGGUCUUCGGUGGAUGGCGAUGAUUCCAACGACGAGUCCUACGAUGAAGAUUUUGCCACUUCCACCGACUCAACACAACCAGCUGAUGCCGUGAGCCAGCUUCCCCCCAGCGCCCUGCUGCAGAGUCUCCUGCACAGCCGCUUGUGCCAGCUGAAUGCCCGCCAAGGCUCCUGCGACCCAGAGAGUGACUCCUCCCAGACCACCAUCUCUCCGGAGACCUUGUGCUCCAGCCUCUGCAGCCUGGAGGACAGCCUCCUCCUCAAGGAGCUGGGCUCGCCCUCAGAACUGGCCGCCAAGCUGCUGGGCUCCAUGUCGGGUGAGGAGGAGCUCCUCCUCUCCAAGUUGCCCCCACAGACAGCCGGGGAAUGUGCCUUCCGGAGCCUGGCGCAGCUCGAGUGCCUGGACUCAAUGUACUCCAUGUCCUUCACCGAGUCCUGCCUCUCGCCCACCGAAGACGAGGGCAUCCCCUGCAAGGACUACAAGGGUCACGAGGACAGCUGCCAGGUCCGGAGGAAAGUGUCCGAUGUGGCCUCUUCGGGCGUGGUCUCCCUCGAUGACAAUGAAGAGGAGGAAGAAGAGCAAGAGGAAGACACCGGCGAGCAGUGAGACCCACUGUUGCCGUGGCAUGCUUCACCUGCCAUUUUUCUGUCCUGCUCCGUGGUAUCCACCCUCGACCAUGCUCCGUGGCCUGCCAGUCGUCCUGGAGCGGGGGUUCCCCCUUCCCUCACCGGGUGGCGGCCUAGCUGUCUGCAGGGCAGGGGGAGGCAGGGUGGUAAGCCGACCAGUGCCCCCCUGCCCUGCCCUGCCCUGCCCUCCUGCCUUCACCUCCACUGUGCCAUCUGAUCCAACCAUUGAAGCCUGAGGGGGGGGCCUCUCCCACGUGUGGCUCCGUGGAUUUUGCCUGCUGCAUUUUCUCUCUCUUUCUCUCUCGUGAUCUGUUUCGUUUUCUUUGCAUGAGAAUGUCUUGAGGGUGGGGGUGGGGGGAAGAAUCAAGCAAAGUAACAGAACAAAAGCAACAACGGGGCAACGACA